AUGCUUCUUUCUUUUCUUCAACUCUCAUCAUCAUCAAAUGUAGAUCACGUUUUUCCUAAAUGUAAUGAAUGGCAUACAAUCGAUUCGGUAACUGCCCUGAAUAUUUCAAACCCAGGAUACUAUUGUUAUCGUACAUCCAAUAUGAGCAUAAUCAUUGACGGAAGUGCUAAAGUUCAAUAUUCAAAGCAACAAACUCCAAAUGACGCAGAUACCUAUGAACCCCCAAGUGAUGCCAAGCACCUAUUAAUUUUCCUCAAACAACAGACUGGUUUAUUUACUAUAGAACAAGAGAAAGAUAAACCCGCUACAUUUAUUUAUGCAAUCCCAAUUAACUCUUUGGAAAAGCCAAAAGAUCAAGAUCCCCAUUAUCCGAUCGGAAAGAAUUUCUACAUUUCCAGUAAAGCAAAUAUUACGCUCAAGUAUGUGGAAUUAGACAAUGGCAAUAAUGACACGUUUAAUUUCUUAAUUCUUGGAGAAACCGUUAAAGUCAACACAACUGGCUUUCUUUUUACCGGUUGUAUUGAAGAUAAUGUAAACAAGGGAAUUAAGACCGUUACAGAUUAUAAGGUAAACGGUGAGAAAAUUUCUUAUGGCCUAAUGUCUCCCGAUAAUGAAUCCCUUGCAGUUAACAUCGAAGUCAAUUCUAAAAUAUUUGACCCCUAUUUAGGAACAAUUCCAAACAAAGUUGAUUUCUUUUCAGAUGAAGAUUUAAAUUCAGACAAACUAUUUUCUGUUGACGUUUCUUUUCUUACCGAUAUUUUUGACAAAUAUAAUCUAGUCAUUAAGUAUAUUCCAUUCGUUAUUGUUGGUGUUCUAUUUGUUGUCGUUGUUUUUCUUUUCAUUAUUACUUGUUGUGAAGUUAGGAAAUAUAAGAAAGCUAAAGCUGAUUAA